UCACCAUGGCUGCUUCUGCGCUUCUGAAGAGCCGUGUGCGUCGGCCUUCGUAUCUGAAGAAGCUCUGUAAACCAGAGGACCUCAUUGACCUCUUUCCCAAUGGUUCCUACAUUGGCUGGUCCGGAUUCACCGGCGUUGGAUACCCCAAGAUGAUUCCAACUGCCCUAGCAGACCACGUCGAGAAGAACAAAUUGGAAGGGCAGCUCAAGUAUAACCUCUUCGUGGGAGCUUCCUCCGGUGCCGAGACGGAAAACCGCUGGGCGCGUCUGAACAUGAUUGAACGGCGGAGUCCGCACCAAGUCGGAAAAGAAAUUGCCAAGGGAAUCAACAAUGGCCAGAUCAAGUUUUUCGACAAGCAUCUGAGCAUGUUUCCCUCGGAUUUGGUCUAUGGCUACUACACGCUCAACAAGCCGCACAACAGAAUCGACGUAGCUGUCAUUGAGGCGUCGGCUAUUACGGAGAAUGGCGGUAUCAUUCCUGGUGCUUCCGUGGGUGCAUCCCCGGAGCUUAUCCAGAUGGCCGACAAGGUCAUCAUCGAAGUCAACACUGCUAGUCCUUCCUUCGAGGGUCUCCACGAUAUCGUGGGCUCCGACCUUCCCCCAGGUCGCAAGCCAUACCUGGUCAUGGCCCCCGAGGACCGUAUCGGAACACCUUACAUUCCGGUGGACCCCGAGAAGGUCGUUGCGAUCGUCGAGUCCAACUACCCGGACCAGACCCAGCCCAACGCCCCAGAAGACGAAGGCUCCCAGGCCAUCGCCACAAACAUCAUCGAGUUCCUCAAGCAUGAGGUUAACCACGGCCGCCUGCCCCAAAACCUCCUCCCCAUCCAGUCUGGCAUCGGCAACAUCGCCAACGCAGUCGUCGGCGGUCUCAGCAAGGGAGGCGCAGACUUCAAAAACCUGAAAGUAUGGACUGAAGUCUUGCAAGACUCCUUCCUGGACCUCUUCGACAGCGGCAACCUCGACUUCGCAACAGCAACCUCCAUCCGCUUCUCGCCCGACGGUUUCAAGCGCUUCUACGACAACUGGGAGCAAUACGCCGGCAAGCUCCUCCUCCGCUCCCAGCAAGUCUCCAACUCGCCCGAAAUCAUCCGCCGUCUCGGCUGCAUCGGCAUGAACACCCCCGUCGAAGUCGACAUCUAUGCCCACGCGAACAGCACCUGCGUCAUGGGCUCGCGCAUGCUGAACGGCCUGGGCGGUUCGGCCGAUUUCCUGCGUAACUCCAAGUACAGUAUCAUGCAUACACCCAGUGCCCGGCCCAGCAAGAUCGAUCCCACUGGUGUUAGCUGUAUUGUGCCGUUCGCCACUCACGUCGAUCAGACGGAGCAUGACCUCGAUGUUAUUGUUACUGAGCAGGGUCUUGCUGAUGUUCGUGGUCUUUCGCCCCGCGAGCGUGCUCGUGUUAUCAUCAACAAGUGUUCGCACCCUGAUUACAAGCCUAUCCUUACGGAUUACCUUGAUCGCGCGGAGUUUGAAUGUCUGCGUAAGGGUAUGGGUCAUGAGCCUCAUUUGUUGUUUGAAGCUUUCAAGAUGCACAAGAAUUUGCAGGAGAACGGUACCAUGAAGAUCGACUCUUGGGAAUAG